AGACGGCUGGGAUCUGCAGAAGCUGCUUUUUUAAUUCUCCGGCCGAACCAGAGGCGCGUCCCUGUUUCAAUCCCUGUCCUCUCUCUGUGGAAAUAAACCCAUGCGGGUUGGUUUCGGAGACGCAUCCACAUCAUAUUUAUUUCUCCAUCGCAGGGGAGUGAUCCCGCAGCCUCUCAGCGGUGGUAUAAACAAUGGCGGGUCCCGAGCAGCAGCAGCAGCAGCAGCAGGUGGAGGAGAAGGCAGAGUACAUAGAUGAUGCUGAGAUGGCUCUGCAAGGAAUCAACAUGCUGCUCAACAACGGAUUCAAGGAGAGCGACGAGCUCUUCAGGAGAUACAGGAGCCAGAGCCCACUGAUGAGCUUCGGGGCCAGUUUUGUCAGUUUCCUGAAUGCCAUGAUGACAUUUGAGGAGGAGAAGAUGCAGACGGCCUGUGAUGACCUGAGGACUACUGAGAAACUGUGUGAGAGCGACAGCGCCGGAGUGAUAGAGACAAUCAGAAACAAGAUAAAGAAGAGCAUGGACUCUCAAAGGUCAGGUGUUGUUGUGGUGGACCGCCUUCAGAGACAGAUCAUCGUUGCUGACUGUCAGGUGUACCUCGCAGUGCUCUCCUUUGUCAAACAGGAACUUUCUGCCUACAUCAAGGGAGGCUGGAUUCUUCGUAAGGCUUGGAAAAUGUACAACAAGUGCCACAGUGACAUCAGCCAGCUGCAGGAGACCUGUCAGCGCAGGUCCUCUGUCACCCAGGACUCCCUGUCAGCAGACAACGCCAACCACAACGCCCCGUUGGAGAACGGCGUGACGCCCGAGGCCCUGGACCGACUCAAGGGCUCCGUCAGCUUCGGCUACGGCCUUUUCCAUUUGUGCAUCUCAAUGGUGCCGCCACACCUGCUCAAGAUUAUCAACCUGCUGGGUUUUCCCGGGGACAGACUCCAGGGCCUGUCCUCCCUAAUGUAUGCAAGCGAGAGCAAGGACAUGAAGGCGCCGCUGGCUACGUUGGCCCUCCUGUGGUACCACACGGUAGUGCUUCCUUUCUUCGCUCUGGAUGGCUCUGACACACAUGCAGGGCUAAUGGAGGCCAAGGCUAUUCUGCAGAGAAAGUCGGUGGUUUACCCCAACUCAUCGCUCUUCAUGUUCUUUAAGGGACGGGUUCAGAGGCUAGAGUGCCAAAUCAACAGCGCUUUGGCCUGUUUCCAUGAUGCUUUAGAGCUUGCAUCAGACCAAAGAGAGAUCCAGCAUGUGUGUCUCUAUGAGAUUGGAUGGUGUAGCAUGAUAGAGAUGAAUUUUGAAGAUGCGUACAGGUCGUUUGAGAGGCUGAAGAACGAGUCGCGCUGGUCACAGUGCUACUACGCUUACUUAACCGGCGUGUGUCAGGGUGCUUCUGGCGACCUGGAUGGAGCGAGUGGAGUUUUCAAAGAUGUGCAGAAGCUCUUUAAGAGGAAAAACAACCAGAUAGAGCAGUUUGCUGUCAAAAGGGCUGAGAGAUUGAGAAAGACAUCUCCCACCAGAGAGCUGUGCAUCCUCGGUGUAAUCGAAGUGCUAUAUCUGUGGAAAGCACUUCAAAACUGCUCCUCAUCUAAAUUGCAGAUAAUGAAUCAGGUGUUACAGAGUGUAGAUGAUGCUUCGUGCAGAGGCUUGAAACAUCUCCUUCUCGGUGCCAUUCACAAAUGUCAUGGGAAUAUGAGAGACGCUGUUCAGUCACUCCAGUUGGCUGCUAGAGACGACUAUGGACGGCAGAUCAACUCAUAUGUUCAACCAUAUGCUGUCUAUGAACUGGGAUGUAUACUCCUUGCACAACCUGAGACAGUGGGAAAGGGAAGAUCAUUGCUACUUCAAGCAAAGGAGGAUUUUACGAGCUACGACUUUGAGAACAGGCUUCAUGUCCGCAUCCACUCCGCCCUGGCCUCGUUGAGGGAGGUAGUGGCGCAGUGACUCCAGGAAGAAGCUGUGACAGCUCAGGCUGUGCUCACGGCUUUUUGAAGACACGUUUUUAAGCCAUUCAAACCAACUCUUUGACAUCCCCUUGAACUGGCUCCUGUGUUUGUCAUUCUUAUACAGAUGCAGAGAAAUACGCUUGUUUGUCGUCUUCCUCGUUAAACAGGCUGAUAUGAGGUUUCAAUCUUUGUGCAGACAUAGAGGGUGUUCAUGCCAAACUGUGCUCUAUAUAUAGGCCUAUAUAUAUUAUACUUAACUAUGCUGUAACUUGUCUUGUUGUUGACCAGCAAGCUAAUUACCGAUUACAUCUUUAAGCAUGGUUUUUUGUUUUUGCACAAACCUGGAAAACUCAUGGUUCGGGACACCCAAUAGUUAAGUUAUGGCCCCAACUAGAUGAUGUUUAGUUUCAAUUUAACGUUGGAGCUCAUUGUUUCCCCUUCCACUUCCUGUCUGUAUGCUAAGCGAGACUAAACAUGUCCCUGGGCUACGUCUGAACUGGACGCACAGAGAUGAAACUGAAAGAGGACAAACAAGUAUAUUUCCUCCUCUCUGUAACUGUUCCUUUACGUGUUUUCUGCACCCUAAUGUUUAAGCUAGCUAGUUAACAAUUUUCCUCUUGAACUUGUGUGUUUGGAGGAUUUCAAUUCCACCCGUUCAGUUAGCAAUUCAGCACGUAAAAGUAACAUUCUAAAGAGAUCGUACCGUUCCUCCCUUAAUAGUAACUUUAUAAAGUAAUAAAAGAUUCAGAUAGUAGUGUUUUCCACAUUCUGUUAAAACAUGCAGAUGACAUUUUAGAACAUCUUCUCCAAAUAAUUCAAUAUAAUUAAUUCCUUCGCCAUAUCACAUAUCAUGAAAAGGGUUAGGGAGUGUUGAUCAAAUACAAUGUUUGAUUUUAUACGUUCUUACAAAGGACCAGCAGUUAUUUAAUACAUAGUGUCCUGCUCAUAAAAAUUUCCAAAUCUGCUUGUCAAUUGCAAAAGGACGUGGACACAUAUCACACAGGGGCCACUUAUAUUCACAACAGACUUUAAACAAUAAACCUUGUAGUCUAAUUAGAAACUGUUCACCUAAAAUCACACAUACUGUCGUGACAACUAGGCUGCUGUGUCACACUCAAGUAGUUGAUACAUGUAUAGUAAAUGAGAAAUCACAACACUUCACACUGAUGUUAUAUGAAAACAAACAUUGAUCUGUGCACUAUGCAUCGUAUGGCAGGGGAACAGUCGCUUUAUUGAAGUCAAAUGUUCCUGCGUGUCCAUCUGUGCCAAUACAUCAAGGUAUUGUACUGCGGUACAUGCAGUACUGUAAUGUUACCACUGACUGGUGCUGCUACAUGUCAGCCUAAUAAACAUAUAUUACUAAUGACUUAUUUUGAUAGUGUUUUAGUGAUACAAGCUUUUUAAUUCGUCCAUAACAGUGAAGAGUUAAUUUGUUACAUAGCCGAAAGUUGUACUUUUACAAGCACCAUUUACAUGAUGCUAUUUUAAUGAGUCUUGCACCUGCAAAUUCUGUCAGGUUGCAGUGGUAGUGUGAUCUUCCAUUCCAUUCCAUGAUGAAUGAAUAUCUCAACAGAGUUUCACACUGUACAUAUGAAUGAUUCUGUGCAGGGUAUCGCCAGCUGAGUAAUGGUUCAUAUGAGCAAUAUAAUCAAGAAGAGAACAUCUUCAUUUACAAAGUCUCUCAACAACAACUAUCUGUGUUUAUCUUCCAAUGCUUAAGAAAAUGGAUGGAUUUGUUUUUGCUCACACUAAGCUGGUCAGUUUAAGCCAGUCAUCCCCCUGUGGCUGUGGUGGAUGUGAAUUGUGGUAAAUGUUAAGAGGAGCACUGUGUGAGUGGUUGGUGCCAUGCAAGUGAUGUGGUGAACAGUGAAAUGUCAGUAAGAUGUCACUUACCUGCUGUACCAAAUUCUUCUGUCACUUUUUCCUUUUGUCAUGAGAUUUUGUUGAACUUGAGGUAACGUGAGGAUGACGGUGUUCCAAUGUGUCACUGAACUCUACAAUAAACUGUUCUCCAAUAAUCUAA